AAAACAUAUACGAUUGAAUACAUUCAGUAGAUUCAAUUGAACCCAACCAUUCAUUUUUGUUACCAAACGAGUUAGGGCGGUGCAAAAGGCGACGCAUAAGGCGGUGCAAAAGGCGACGCAUAAGGCGGUGCUUUUACUUGUGGUAUUGGAGAACGGAAUCUUAUAAGAUAAUCGAACCCUAACCCAGGCCGCUAGGCAUAAACCCUUCCGCAAUCACCCCUUUCACUGUCCAUCUGCUUGGCGGGAUGCAGGCUCCCUUACCACCAAAGAGCAGGCUUGAAUUUCUGAAUACCAAGCCGCCUGCCAAUUAUGUGGCCGGGCUUGGCCGUGGUGCCACCGGUUUCACCACCAGAUCUGAUAUUGGGCCUGCCCGAGCUGCCCCUGAUCUUCCGGAUAGAUCUGCUAUUGGUGCCGGUGCUACCGCACCACCUGCUGGGGUAGGUCGUGGCCGAGGAAAAGCAGGAGGCGGUGAAGAAGACGAAGAUGACGAGAAUGAUGAGAAGGGAUAUGAUGAGAAUCAGAAGUUUGAUGAGUUCGAAGGAAAUGAUGUUGGGUUGUUCGCAUCAGCCGAGUAUGACGAGGAUGACAAGGAAGCUGAUGCCAUUUGGGAGGCUAUUGAUACUAGAAUGGAUUCAAGAAGAAAAGAUAGGAGAGAGGCUAGGCUGAAACAAGAAAUUGAGAAGUAUCGUGCUUCAAACCCUAAGAUCACUGAACAGUUUGCAGAUUUAAAGAGGAAGCUUCACACCAUGUCAACCCAGGAGUGGGACAGUAUACCGGAAAUAGGAGAUUACUCCCUGAGGAACAAAAAGAAGAGAUUUGAGAGUUUUGUGCCUGUUCCUGACACCUUAUUGGAGAAGGCGAGGCAAGAGAAAGAGCACGUUACAGCUUUGGAUCCAAAGAGCCGCGCUGUGGGUGGGACUGAAACGCCAUGGUCUCAAACCCCAGUUGCAGACUUGACUGCCAUGGGUGAAGGGAGGGGCACAGUGUUGUCAGUGAGGUUGGAUCGUAUUCUAGACUCUGUCACUGGACAGACCGUGGUUGAUCCGAAAGGUUACUUGACAGACUUGAACAGUAUGAAAUUUAACAGUGAUGCUCAGAUUUCAGAUAUAAAGAAGGCCAGGUUGCUGCUUAAAUCGGUCACUCAUACAAAUCCGAAGCACCCACCUGGUUGGAUUGCGGCUGCCAGACUGGAGGAGUUUGCAGGCAAGCUGCAAGUUGCAAAACAGUUAAUCAAAAAAGGGUGUGAAGAAUGCCCCAAGAGUGAGGAUGUAUGGAUGGAAGCAUGCCGAUUGUCCAGCCCCAGCGAAGCGAAGGCUGUAAUUGCAAGUGGUGUAAAGGUGAAUCCAACUUCAGUGAAACUGUGGCUGCAGGCUGCAGAGUUGGAAGAAGACACUUCAAACAAGAGUCGUGUUUUGAGGAAAGGGUUGGAGCACAUACCUGACUCUGUAAGGCUUUGGAAAGCUGUUGUGAUGUUAGCUAAUGAGGAGGACGCCAGACUUUUGCUGCAGAGAGCCGUUGAGUGCUGCCCUUUACAUGUCGACUUAUGGCUUGCUCUUGCCAAGCUGGAGACUUAUGACAAUGCGAAGAAAGUGCUUAAUAAGGCAAGGGAGAAGCUUCCUAAGGAGCCUGCUAUCUGGAUCACCGCAGCAAGACUGGAAGAAGCCAGUGGGAAUACAAACACGGUUGUGAAGAUCAUAGAAAGAGGUAUUAGGGCUUUGCAGAGGGAAGGCUUGGAAAUUGACCGGGAGGCUUGGAUGAAAGAAGCCGAGGGUUGUGAAAGAGCUGGCUCUGUCCUAACCUGCCAGGCUAUUAUCAGUAACACUGUCGGACUUGGGGUCGAGGAAGAAGACAGGAAAAGGACUUGGGUGGCCGAUGCAGAGGAGUGCAAAAAGAGAGGUUCCAUUGAAACAGCCAGGCAAAUUUACUCUCAUGCCCUCACAGUCUUUCGAACGAAGAAGAGCAUCUGGCUUAAAGCCGCACAGCUGGAGAAAAGCCACGGAACGAGAGAGAGCCUAGAUGCUCUCCUCCGUAAAGCAGUUACUUACAUACCAAAUGCUGAAGUUCUGUGGUUAAUGGGAGCCAAGGAGAAGUGGCUUGCAGGAGAUGUGCCUGCAGCCAGGGCAAUUCUUGAGGAAGCAUUUGCUGCAAUCCCUGACUCCGAAGAGAUCUGGCUUGCCGCUUUUAAGCUUGAGUUUGAGAACAAAGAGACCGAAAGAGCCCGAAAACUGCUUGCUAAGGCCCGGGAUAGAAUACCCGGGUCUGAACGUGUCUGGAUGAAAUCCGCAAUUGUGGAAAGAGAAUUAGGGAAUGUUGAGGAAGAGAAAUCCCUGCUUGAUGAUGGGUUGAAACGAUUCCCUUCCUUUUUCAAACUAUGGUUGAUGCUUGGGCAACUCGAAGAACGUCUUCGGCAUCUGGAGGACGCUAAGAGGACAUACGAGUCUGGCUUGCAGAACUGCCCAAACUGCAUCCCCUUGUGGCUAUCUCUUGCUAAACUGGAAGAGAGGAUGAACGGUGGGCUGAGUAAAGCCCGAGCAGUUCUUACAAUGGCUCGGAAGAAGAACCCAAAGAAUCCUCAGCUGUGGCUUACCGCUGUACGUGCUGAGGCACGGCAUGGUUAUAAAAAGGAAGCAGAUGUUCUGAUGGCAAAGGCAUUACAGGAGUGUCCGACUAGUGGCAUACUAUUGGCUGCUUCAAUUGAGAUGGCUCCUCGCCCGCAGAGAAAAUCAAAGAGUUCGGAUGCUUAUAAAAAGUGCAAUCAAGAUGCCUAUGUUCUUGCUGCCAUUGCAAAGCUUUUCUGGAAUGACAGAAAGGUCGAUAAAGCCAGAACAUGGUUUACCCGUGCUGUUACAAUUGCACCAGAUAUUGGUGAUUUCUGGGCCUUGUUUUACAGGUUUGAGGAGCAGUUUGGAUCUGAGGAUACUCGGAAUGAGGUGUUGAGAAAGUGCAUUGCUUCAGAGCCUAAGCAUGGAGAGAAGUGGCAGGCUAUAGCCAAGGCAGUUGAGAACUCUCACAAAUCUACUGAUGAAGUCUUGCGUCAAGUAGUCGCUGCACUGAAGAAGGAAGAGAGUGCUACUGCUACUGAGAUCAGUGAGCAAUGAGUAUUUUCUGACUCUUAUUUUGAAGACAUUUGGUCCACUAGUUGGAUUGAGGCCGGUAUGCGUAGGUACUUUCCUCUGGAAACGCCAUUGGAAUUCUUGCAUCGUAAGAGCAUGCUGCUGUGAAGAUUGGUCUCGUAAAUCGUAUGCCUUUACGUUGUCAAACUUGGAUGCCCAACACUUUUCCAGCCAAAGUGUUCACAUUUCCUAGUCUUAGAGAUAAAUGUCAAGUUCCCAAAACCAUCAAUUUAUUGUGUUAUCUGAUCCCUCACUUAUUAGAGAAAAUGACAAUCAAGUCAUUGGUGCCCUAUCACGGACUUGUCGAAUCUGGAGAUGUCUUGCUAUUCCGUGGAUAUCUCUUUGGAUUGGAUGAAGGGUUUUGGUGGUAUAUCCUAAUCUUGGAAGCAGUAUGUACGGGAGAGUCUAAUACUUGGUACAAUGGUACUUGCCUACUUGGUAUGUUUGUGCGGAGGCAGCAGAUUAGAUAGCAGACCGGUUGGGAUAGAUGAGAAAGGUUCACUGUUCACUUGGCGUCCCCGGCAUAGCUGAAGAGAUUUUGUCUCUGUAUAGUGUAUACGGAGAGAGGGAAUAUAGAGACAACUAAGCCAGGAAAGACUGAGACCUCGAAUCCGCUGCUAUGGAUUUAUUUGGAAGAACACAGAUGUGUUGAAGGGUUAUGAAUGAAUCAUAUUGAGAAGUAUAUCUUCUGGUAUCUAGCUUUACAGGAGCACAUUCAUAGUUCUCUCCAGCUAUAUCAUCACCCAGGCUGGUAAUCCUCUACUCUGAAAGGGUCUUCGAAUCCCAUGCAUGAUUCGUGAUUGUUCGUUAGACUUUUUAGUCUCGUGUUUUUCGUUAAUCUCAACCCUUCCACAAAUAUGAGGAGUUGAUUGAAGCAUUAAUGAUAUCAUGUCAUUUGGAAUAACAGUUAAUGAUAUAGCUGAAAGUCUCCACCAAAAACUAUAAUUGUUAGAUCUCAU